CCUAGCAAAGUUUACAUUAUGAUCAGUUUGUUACUAAUUUGCAGAAAAUGAGUGCGGAUACAACUGUCACUUCCACAAGCGAGGAAAUACCUAUAGAGAAGAUUCGAGAUAUGAAAAGAAAGGCUUGUGAGAAGUUGUCCGCACUAAUCCAAGCUAUUUCUUCUACAACCUCCCCGAAAAGGUCGAAGGCCAGCGUUGAGUCUUUUCACACCUACAAAAGCUUGGUCAAAUCGUACAAGUUUGAGCUUUGGGCUGGAAAUGAAGUGACACCACGAGAACUGGCUGUUCAUGGUUGGGAGUGCAGGGCUCGAGAUAAGGUGCAAUGCAUCGCCUGUAGGCAAUUUCUGUGCACCUCAUUGCCAAAGAUAACCGAUGUCAAUAUGAGCGUCUAUAACAAAUGUCUCAGGCGCAUCCGCGACAACAUUGUCAACUCUCACGUGCUUACGUGCAUCUAUCGGUCAAAACCUCUCGAAUUUAAACAUGACGUGGACGAAACUUUUUUGAAUGAUGUUGUUCGGCCGAGGAUAUCAUCGUACAAUGUAGAGGGAUUGAAACUGAACAUGAUUAUUCCGGAUGCGCUAGCAUGGACUAAAUUGGAAAGCAAGUGUCCACAAUCACUAGAACCCUACAUUGGAGCAUCGCUUGGAUGGUCUUUAGGAACGGAAAAACUGGGCAGUAAAACCCAGUAUGUCGCCGUUUGCGAUUACUGCGCAAGAGAUUAUGUGUUGGGAUAUACCCCCUUUGAUCCGGUAAAAACUCACCAACGUUGGUGCCCUGUGCUGGAUGUGAACCCGGAUGACAAUGUUGCAUUGUGGCAACUCAUAUAUAACCGGGUGUCUCCCGUCAAGAAGCAGAGAAUCACACCUGCAACGACAAGAGAUGUGGAAUCUGCUAAACGUGCUUUGGAUCAUUCAUUAUCCGUUGUUUCGGGAGAUAUGUCCACACUGUAGGUUUCA